AUGGAUUUACCAGAACUCCCGCCGAGGAUGUUUACAUUAGGAGAAGAGCCCGAUGCAAUCAGGAGCAUUUCGUAUCAUUCUGAUGACACGAAGUUGUUUAAAGCUCUAUGUGAUUGUCUCAUAGCUGACGAAUAUGAGGAUCUGAAGGCGUCGAAGUUAGGAGUGUUCAUCAAAUUCAAGGAGCUUGACUUUGGUUGGACUUCAAGGCUGGUACAUUUUUUGCUCUGUUUCCAGCUGGACAUCAAGAAGAAGUUUGAGCUCUGGAGUCUUGUCGUUUCACAACCUGUGAGGUUUUCACUGAUAGAGUUUGAACACCUCACUGGGCUGAACUGCGAUUACAUCAAGGACCUGGAAAAUCCAAGGUGUGAGGUUACGUCGGAGAUGGCUGCUUUCUGGGAGAAGAUGCGUGUUGAUAUCGAUACUGGGCCAAGUAUUGAACAGAUAACAGAAGCAUUUUACAACUGCGACGAGUGGUCUCCGGACGAUCGCAUGCGGCUGGGAUACCUUGCCAUCUACGCAGGAUACAUCGAAGGGAAAAAGUUCUCAUCCGCUACAUCAGCUAGUCUUGCAAGGCUAGUGCUGAUGGAUUCUCUGAAGGCAAAAGACUUGACGCAAACUGGUUACACUGUUGAUGGGUUCAUACAAGUGCUCCAAGUGUGGGCGUACUAUGCUAUGCCAGAAUUGGGUGCUAAUUAUGGGUCUCCCAUACCAAACAGACCGUCUCCACUGUUGCUGGCUUACAGGGGUGGCAAAAGACAACGCAAAUGUUUUAAGGCUGCUAUCAAUAAACAGACUAUCGUGAAGAACUUCGUUCAGAAGGAUUUUGAUGAAAUGUUUCCAAAAUGGGACGGAGACGUAGAUGACCCUGCCGCGGAUAACAUAAUUAAAGUCAUGUUUAAUGAUCCUGGAUGGGAGUGGACCAUGGAAUGCUGGCCAGUCACCGGUACUCGCAAGAUUGUGAAGAUGGAAGUGAGUCCAGUGAAUAAUGAAGUGAGUCCCGUGAAGUCAGAGAGUGUUGUGAAGGAAGAAAGUAGCAGACCUCGGAAGAAAGCUCGUAAAGGGUCUUCUGUUUCUGCUGAGACACCUGCGGCGGGUAGUGAAGGGAUGACGCAUCAGCAGAUUGAAAAGUCCUUGAAGGACAUAUCUGAUGCCAUUAAUCUUGGCUUUGGGACGUGCCUUAAGGAGCUCAAGUUACUGGCGGAUAGGAUGGUAGCUGUGGAGAAGAAGGUGGGAAUCACCAACAGAGGGGGUUCAUCUGAUGAUCGUCAACUUACAACCACUUCAAAUCCACCAAAACCUGCUGACGAACCCGGGAGUGAAAGUGUGAAUGGGGCGAAAGCAGGACGGAAAAAAGCCAAAGAACCGAGUCUUACUACAGAACCGAGUUCCUCGAGAGAGCUCUGUCUUGUGAGUCCUGCAGCCGACUUACCGAGUGAUGAUCCUAGCCUUCUUAUAUUGGACAAACAAGUUCCCACCGCUUCAGAUUUACUCGUUGAAGAAGCUAGAAGGCAGACAAAGAAGGAGACUACUUUGGUGAAUCUCCGUAAAAAACAAAUGGAUGCUUUUAUUAAUUUACUGAGGCAACGGUACCAAAACCAUCCAGAACAUUUCAGGAGCGACAGAAUGUGCUUUCUUGAUCAUAUAUUUUCUCGGCAGUGGAGGGCCUCCUACCCUGAUUUUAAGAGCGACACUCCUGAUGCCAACGGUUUAGGAAGAAGACUCCCUGGUGGGGCGUGGAAUUAUCAUGCAGGCGUGAUACCUUCUUUUUGCCAAUCUAAGAAGGUUUGGGGGGUGGAUGUGGAUGAUAUCUAUGCACCUGUGAACUUCAAGAACCAGCAUUGGAUUGCUAUAUGGAUAUCGAUCCCUAAGAGGCACAUCGUCGUCUGGGACAGCAUUGUCUCUCAUAUUAGCCCUGAAGAACUCGAUGAGGUAAUGGAGCCUUUUGUCACAAUGGUCCCUUAUCUGCUUGUUGAGUGCGCGCUCUCUGACGAACAAAAGGUUCAAUACACAUUGGAGCCAUACACAUAUGCGAGACAAACCGUUGGAGUACCUCAGUGCCGAGCUGGUGAUUGUGGCCCCUUCACUCUGAAGUACAUCGAAUGUCAUGCUCUUGGGAUAGAAUUUCCCAGCGCGUUUGACAAAAAACACGGGAAGACCAUCAGGGAGAAGAUGGCGCUGGAUAUAUUUCGAGAGCUUCCUAUGUGCCAUGAAUGGGAAAACCAAGACAAUGAUGAGAACCUGGCAACGUAUGAUUAG